AUGUCAGGGAAUUACCAGACGGCUUCACCGAGCGGGACCGGCCAUCUGCCCAGUCUGCUAGCCCGCCUCCUGCUCCAAUCACACGCCGACCAGCAGACCGGUUCGGCGAGUUUAUGCGACCCCAAGGUCUUGCACAUCGGCACGAGCUCGGAGAAGUCCAAGCUGGGCGCGGGGGAUUGGGCGUGGGGAUGCGGAUACCGCAACUUGCAGAUGCUCUUCUCGACAAUCAUCGCUCGACAAGCCUACCGCCAGACUCUCCUCUCCCACCCUUUACUCAUCUCUUGUACCACCACACCGCAGACGACGGGGAUCCCUAGUAUUACGCUGUGGCAACAGAUCAUCGAGGAUGCUUGGAAAGCCGGGUUCGACCCCGACGGGGCUGCCCAUUUCAACGCUCGCUUGGUCGGCAAAAAACAGUGGAUCGGGACAACUGAGGUUUAUGUUGCGCUCUGCAGAUUGGGUCUAAGAUGCCAAAUCGUAGACUUCCCUGGCCCGUCUGGUCCUAACGGCCAACAUACUAAAUUGAUACAAUGGGUCGAAAAUUACUUCAAAUCUGCAUCAACCCUAACUGACAACGACCAAUCAUCAUCAGCGGUCGAGAUAACGAGUCGGUUCCCGUUAUACUUCCAACACGACGGACACAGCCGAACGAUCAUAGGCAUCGAGACGGACGCGAAGCAACAACCGCAACUCCUGAUCCUCGACCCCGCCAAGAAAGUGGCGAGUCCGUUGAAGAAGAUCUCGGAGCAAAUGUCGAACACCGAGGAUUUGGAAGACUCGGAUGAGAUCGAGAUCCUAGACCGGCCACCAAGUUCAUCAAAGACCUUCAUACCGAACAAGUCCUCUUCGAAGACACCCCUGACCAUGCCUACUAAACGUGCAACCAAAGCCAAGCCGACCGUGCUCGACUUGCAUGCACAUCCGAAACUGCUUGGCGCCCAUCGUCUGACACUCAAAGAGCUUAGCAAGAAGAAACAGUACCAGAUCCUUUAUGUUAUCGAUUGUGUGCCUAAAUUGGCACAGGAUGACGUCGAGCAACAUAAGCUUCAUACCAUCCGUUCUCUCCGAAUCGUCUAA